GUGGAGCUGAGUGGAGAGGGAGAGGGAGAGGGAGAGGGAGAGGGAGGGGAGGGCUGCUUCAUCCACCCCGGGUCUGCGCCGACCUUGAGCCCAUCCAGCCUGUUUAAACGGCGGAGUCAAUGUAAAGGAAAGUUGCCUGACGUCACGCAGUGUGGGAGAAAGAUGGCCACGUUAACGAACGGCGUGCAGCAGGCAGCAGACAGCCUUAACAACAACAUCCAAAUCAGCACUGUCAACGGGCCUAUGAACGGACUCAGCCACAGCCAGAACAGCACCAUCCCCAUGAAGGACCACGACGCCAUCAAACUUUUCAUCGGCCAGAUCCCCCGCAACCUGGAGGAGAAGGACCUCAAGCCCCUCUUUGAGGAAUUUGGCAAGAUCUACGAGCUCACGGUGCUAAAGGACCGCUUCACCGGCAUGCACAAGGGUUGUGCCUUCCUAACGUACUGUGCCAGGGAAUCCGCUCUAAAGGCCCAAAGUGCGUUGCAUGAACAGAAGACAUUACCUGGGAUGAACAGACCGAUCCAGGUGAAACCAGCGGACAGCGAAAGCAGAGGAGAAGACAGAAAAUUAUUUGUGGGCAUGCUGAACAAACAACAGUCAGAGGAGGACGUACGCAGACUAUUUGAAGCUUUCGGUAACAUUGAAGAAUGCACAAUCCUUCGAGGGCCUGAUGGAAAUAGCAAAGGAUGUGCAUUUGUGAAAUUUUCCACACAUGCAGAAGCCCAGGCAGCUAUCAACGCCUUACACGGUAGCCAGACGAUGCCAGGGGCGUCUUCAAGCCUGGUGGUAAAAUUUGCAGAUACUGACAAGGAACGUACAAUGCGCCGCAUGCAGCAAAUGGCAGGGCAGAUGGGGAUGUUCAACCCAAUGGCGAUCCAGUUCGGUGCAUAUGGUGCUUAUGCUCAAGCGUUGAUGCAGCAACAAGCAACGAUAAUGGCGUCAGUUGCGCAGGGAGGUUACCUGAACCCGAUGGCAGCAUUUGCAGCAGCACAGAUGCAGCAGAUGGCAGCCUUGAAUAUGAAUGGACUUGCAGCUACACCCAUGACACCAACAUCAGGCGGGAGCACACCUCCUGGUAUCACCGCACCAGCCGUGCCUAGCAUUCCUUCUCCAAUUGGAGUAAAUGGAUUUACCGGCCUCCCCCCACAGGCUAAUGGACAGCCCACAGCAGAAGCCGUCUUUGCCAAUGGAAUCCAUCCCUACCCAGGGUCAGCUCAUGAGUGGUCUCCAGAGGCCAGGCAGGACGUUUCAUCCGGCCCGCGAUGUGCUCUAUUGUUAUUCACUAGAGCCGGCUCACCAGUCCUCCCAAUCGCUCAGACGGGAGAUGAAAACUCCAACCAGAUGUGGCACACAGUAAGCUCCGUCUGCACGCACGCACAAAGCCCGACUGCAGCUGAUCCAUUGCAGCAAGCAUACGCUGGAGUGCAGCAAUACGCAGGUCCUGCCUACCCUGCUGCUUACGGACAGAUUAGUCAAGCCUUCCCACAGCCUCCUCCAAUGAUACCCCAGCAACAGAGAGAGGGUCCAGAAGGUUGCAACCUUUUUAUCUAUCACCUUCCUCAGGAGUUUGGAGAUGCUGAGCUCAUGCAAAUGUUCCUGCCUUUUGGUAAUGUCAUCUCCUCAAAAGUGUUUGUGGACCGAGCGACAAACCAAAGUAAAUGCUUUGGUUUUGUGAGUUUUGACAAUCCUGCCAGUGCCCAGGCUGCCAUCCAGGCAAUGAAUGGUUUUCAAAUUGGCAUGAAGAGGCUGAAAGUACAGCUCAAGAGACCGAAAGAUGCCAACCGCCCUUACUGAACCGCUACUACUCAACUGAGACUUGAGAGCUACUACAGGGCGGAAACUGGAGAGGACCGCAUGUACAAAAAAAUAAUAAAAGUACUGUUAAAUAAACCUUUGGACAUAUCAGCAUACACCAAUCAAGCUGAAGACUUCUUCAGACUUUUAUCUUUGACUGCUCUGAUUGUUUAGACUGUUAAGUCUCUUCAAAAUGUAUCACUUCUGCUGAAGGAUGAGUUUUGAACGCCUGAAAGGAGAAAAUAUAUUUAAAAAAAGAUACUAGGAGCUUUUAGAGCAACACGUUGAUAAGGAGUGCCUGUUGUCAUCAUGGAUACAGUUGUCAUGGUCAUACAUGGCAACAGUCACUAUAAGUAUCUGUCAUUCCUUAGGUAUUUUAGGGACCAAAGGACCAAACUUUUUAUUGCAGACUUGUAGUCGUAUGUAAAUUAUGGAUUUCUUUCCUUCUCUCACUGUUCCUAAAACGGCCUGAAGAGUUUACCAUGAAUUGUAAAAAAGUAAACUAAUAAUAAUGAUAAUAAUACAUACAUAACUGCUUUAAAAGAAGCAAGAUUGUAGUUCUUUGAUACUUUGGGAAGCACUUUGGUAUCAUUAAUUCAAGUAAGUAGUUUUCAUAUGGUUUUCUGUAACUUUCGUGAGGACUGAACAUUUGAGAUUGGCUUAACUGUGACCGGUGAGAAGCAAAAAAAAAACUUACUGAGUGAGGAUUAUUUUGGAAAUAGAAUUAUUGCUUGAAAAUGGUUCAUUGUGUUCUUACCUUCCCUUAAAAAAAGAAACUCAAUAGGUGUACAGAGUAAUAAAACUUUUAAAUUACCAAUAUAAAAAUAUAAAAAAAUUAGACAUAAAAAUGCAAAAAAAUAGAGGUUAGCAUUACUGCUAAGAAAAGAAAUCCUGUAGAAUUGUAAUUUUGUAGAAUUUAGAUGAGCAUAUGUUCAUAUACUGCCAAUAGCUGUCUGAUGCUGUUAACUGCUGACAGAAGAUAAGCCACACUGGCAGCUCCUUGACUGCAAUCAUUCCAGCUACAAUUAUAAAGUAAAAAUAUAUUAAAAAAAAGACACAAAAACUGAAACUAUUGUAAACAUUGCAGCAAACCAUGGAUUUGAAUAUCCACCAAGUGUUAGCGAAGACCCGGAGUAGACUCCCAUUCGUCUGGAAAACCUGCUUGACAUCACCAAGACCUGCUCUAAGCAAAACUCCUACCAACCUCCAUUCAUAACGAUAGUACUCUCUCACAUUCAAAAACUAAGUAAGGAAACUUCAGGGCCCAGUGCAAAGUCCUGACUCCCAACAAUCUAACACUGAAUCUGUAACAAACAAAAAAAAAGAGAGAAUCUCUGCUGUUUACAGGAGGUCAAAAAAAAACAGAGAAUGUUUAAAAGGUUCUGGCUCUGUUUUAUGUAAAUAAAUUUGCAUAUUUUGUAGGACUUUUACUGUACUGAUUGAGAAAAAAGGAAACUAUUUAAUGAAAGCACGGUAUUUAUCUUUGGUAACUGACGUAAUGGAGCAGUUGAAAAAAAGCACUGUGUUGAAUGCUGUAAAAUCUGGUGACAAUUUAUUUAUGAAUAAUUUAUUCUGAUAUUUAUUAUUAAUUUAGGAAGAUGCUACAUUUUAAAUUAAUUUACAAGUGCCAGAAUCAUGGUUGGCAGCUGCAUUGUUUUAUUAUGACCAUUUUUAUUUAUUGCUUGUAGAAUUAUUUUUUUUAAACACAUUUUGAUAACUUUUCCAAUUUCCACUCAUCUGCUUUUUCUAUAAUUUUAGCUUAUUCUUUUUUUCUAUACAAAACAAGUACUGUAUACCUAAUCUAACGUGGCAUACAGUUAUAAUAAGACUGCUCUCUUCACCCUCAGUUACCUAGAAACAAUUGUAAUCUUCAUGUAAGUACUGAAUGACGCUUUUCAGCUUAGCCCUAAAUAAAGCACAGUUUAAGAAAAA